AUGACAACGUCGCGAUUCCCACCGUCCGACCUACGGCGCCAGGUUGGUUCGCCGAGACCAAAAGGCCGCGGUUCGUUCUUGCUCGCCUCGUCAGACCCUGCAACCCCUGCUGACGCUGACGCAACCCAGAAAACAAGGAGACGCCGUGUCGAAACGUCUCGAUAUACGGACAUUGCCGCUACGAAGACCAGGGCUGCACCUUUACUCACGACCCAAACAAGAACAUCAACGGGGGUCAGUUCGACAUGUACGUGGACUUUCUUCUUUCUCUUCCUGCCGUUGAUGCUGGUGCCUUCCGAGCCGAGUGGGAAUCCAAGGUCGCCCGACGAAAAUGCGACGCUCGACAACUUGGCAACGAGGCGCCAAAGCCAGAGCUACCUGGGCUACGACCGCAACGCACGGCAUCAACCUCGCCAUCAUGCCACGCGAAAAUUCAUGUUGCCAUCGAGGACGUCCGUCUCAUGGACAUGCCAUGUCGAAACUCGCAGUCGUGCUCGACGGGAGCGGAUCUUCCGACUCCUUAUGCUCGGCGGCUCUGCCCUCGCUACUACUGUCCUUUCAUUGCCGUCAAGUUUCGUUCGGCAUAUGCAAUGCACUCACGAUGCCGCCGGUGUGACCAUGGGCUCACCACCACUUGCUUCUAGGUCGAAAAAGGCUCUCAACGUCGAGUCCCCUUCCUUCACGCCGACGAGCGUGCAGCCUGCGCAGAUCAAGAAGCCGACCUUUUCUACCCAGGCUGCCACGGCCCCGGCGUUCACGCCGCGGGCUUUGGGAGCGAGGACCCCGACCGACCCGGCCGCCGAUUCCGAAGCGGCCGUCUUCAACCCUGCCGCCAUUCGCGAGUUCACCCCUAGCCUGGACGUAGCCUCGCAGGUGAGCGCAUCCCCACCCCACCCCGUCCCGCUCCCGCUCACUCCGUCCCAGGCCGGCGUCAAUGGAUCUACCCAAGAUGGAGGAGCUGUAUCCUUCGACCCCUUCGCCAUGGCCGCCGUCGGCCAGAGCCUACCCGCGGCUCAGUACAACCCCUACGCCGACGACCAUGCCAUGGCCGCCGCCGGUGCCGCCUCCUUCUUCCCUCACCAGGCACCCUUCACGACGCCUCUCCAACCUCUCCAACACCAUCUAUACGCGCCCGUCGGCCCCCACCGGGACGAUCUGAUGCCCUACCAUCGCGUCACGCACGACUUUUUCCUCGCCGAAAAGUUGCGGGAGGAGCUGCAGAAGAAAUCCGAGGCCUCGCUGCAGAUGAUGCCAAAUUCGCAGCUUCCGCAGCUGGACAACUACCACUCCCUCGUCGCCUUGGACACGACGCACCGGAAGAACGCCGACAUAUAUGGGUACCCCAGCUGGGUCUACAAGGCCUUCUCGUCCAAGAACGGCAACCUCUACUGCCUGCGGCGGCUCGAGGGUUUCCGACUCACCAACGAGAACGCGAUCCGCUCCGUCAAGGAAUGGAGGAAGGUUGACAACGGCAACGUCGUCACCAUCCAUGACGCCUUUACCACGCGCGCCUUUGGGGACAGCUCUCUCAUAUUCGUGCAAGACUACCACCCCUUGUCCAAGACGCUCACGGAACUGCAUCUCACGGCCGGCCCGGGCCACGGCUCGCGAUUUCAGCCGCCCAAGGGCCCCAUUGCCGAGACGACUCUGUGGGGGUACAUUUCUCAAAUAGCCAACGCGCUGAGGGCGAUACACGCCACCAACCUUGCCGCCCGAUGCAUCGACGUGAGCAAGAUACUGCUGACGCACAAGAAUCGAAUUCGCCUCAACGCCUGCUCCGUCCUCGACGUCGUCCAGUUCGAUUCGGGCCGGACGACGGAGGAGCUGCAGCAGGAUGACUUUGUCCAGUUUGGCCGCACCAUGCUGAGCCUCGCGACCAACACGCCUCCCGUCCACCUCACCAACCUGCAGGCCUCGCUCGAGCAGAUGGGCCGCUCCUACUCGGUCGAGAUGCGGGACACCAUCGUGUGGCUGCUGUCGCCGCCGCGCGCGCCGGCCCGCAAGACGAUUGACGAGUUCAUCCGAGGCAUCGCCGGCCACAUCGUCGCUUCCUUCGAUCAAGGUCUGCACCAGGCGGAUGAGCUCAACACGGCGCUCUUCCGAGAGCUCGAGAACGGUCGCGCGGCACGGCUAUUGCUCAAGCUGGGAACGGUCAAUGAGAGGUUCGAGUUUGACGGAGAUCGGGCAUGGUCGGAGAACGGCGAGCGCUACAUGCUGAAGCUCUUCCGCGACUACGUGUUCCAUCAGGUCGACGGCAACGGGAACCCGGUGCUGGAUGUGGGGCACAUGCUUCGCUGCCUCAGCCGACUCGAUGCAGGUACGGACGAGAGAGUGUGCCUGACGAGCCGCGACGAGCAGACCAGCUUCCUCGUCAGCUAUAAGGAGCUGAAGAAGCAGCUGGGAAACGCCUUUGGCGAGCUGCAGAGCACACCGGGCGCCCUUCAAGCCCGCGUCUUCGGGGACGCCGCCAGAGGAGCAGGCCGCGCAGCAAGUCCACUCGUGGCUCGGCAUCAAGGGGCGGCGGCAUGGUCGGAUGGCAGAGGUCGGGCGCCGUCUCCGAACGAGGCUUGCAAACAGCAGCCUCGGACGGCGCCGACCCGAAGCGCCCUGGACCCGGACCUGCCGCCGGCAUGA